CGUGGCUGGAGUUUUUAGACAUCACUGAGUAGUGUUUCCCUUAUGUCCUUGUCCCUGCCUCCAGCCUGGGAAGAGCCACCCAGGACCCUCUCUGAUUGGACUGGGUAGUUUGUCUUGACGCACCACUGUGCUGAGUGCUGGAGGACGUGUUACAACAGAUGGUUGGGGUUAGUGUGUCAUCACAUUGGAGAACGGAUUAGAGGAGGAAGGUUGUCUUCCAGGAGCAGUGUGGUCCCCACAAACACUUUGAGGAGCUCAAGAGCGAACAACCCACGGCGAGAGAGACCAACUCCAUGAGCAAGACUGACAUCCAGAUUACGUUGUGAGGAUUCCAGCCUUCUGAUUCGUGUUCCAACGGUCCCAUGAUGCAGCUGGUGAGCCUGGCCUGGAUGAUGGUCCUGGCCGCCCCACUGGUCUGCUUUGGUUUCACCACACGUGGUCAAGGCCUGCGUGGGCGGGUUCAAGGUGACCGACGGAACAUCAGACCCAACAUCAUACUCAUCAUGACAGAUGACCAGGAUGUGGAGUUGGGCUCGUUGCAGGUGAUGAACAAAACUCGCAAGAUCAUGGAGGACGGCGGGACCUCCUUUACAAAUGCAUUUGUAACUACGCCCAUGUGCUGUCCAUCACGCUCGUCCAUGCUGACUGGGAAGUAUGUCCACAACCACAACACGUACACCAACAACGAGAACUGUUCCUCGCCUUCCUGGCAAGCUCAGCAUGAGCCGCGCUCCUUUGCCGUUUAUCUCAACAACACUGGAUACCGAACAGCUUUCUUUGGGAAGUACCUCAAUGAGUACAACGGCAGCUACAUCCCACCUGGCUGGCGCGAAUGGGUGGGACUGAUCAAAAAUUCCCGUUUUUAUAAUUACACCGUCUGUCGAAAUGGGAACAAGGAGAAGCACGGCGCGGAUUAUGCCAAGGACUACUUCACUGAUCUGAUUACCAACGACAGCAUCAACUACUUCAGAAUGUCCAAGCGCAUGUACCCGCAUCGGCCGGUGAUGAUGGUGAUCAGUCAUGCAGCACCUCACGGCCCGGAGGAUUCAGCCCCCCAGUACUCCGAGCUCUUCCCAAACGCUUCCCAGCACAUAACUCCCAGCUAUAACUACGCACCAAACAUGGAUAAGCACUGGAUCAUGCAGUACACCGGCCCGAUGAAGCCGAUCCACAUGGAGUUCACCAACUACCUGCACAGGAAGAGGCUCCAGACGCUGCAGUCUGUGGAUGAUUCUGUGGAAAAGAUCUAUAAUGUCCUGGUGGACACCGGAGAGCUGGAGAAUACAUACAUCAUUUACACAGCUGAUCAUGGUUACCACAUUGGCCAGUUUGGCCUGGUCAAGGGGAAGUCUAUGCCCUAUGAUUUUGACAUCAGAGUGCCGUUUUUUGUCAGAGGUCCUAAUGUGGAACCAGGGGCCAGGAACAACCAUCUUGUACUAAACCUUGAUCUCGCACCCACAAUCCUGGACAUAGCUGGUCUAGACACUCCACCUGAUAUGGACGGCAAAUCUAUCCUGAAGCUUCUGGAGCAUGAAAAGACUGGGAAUAGAUUCAAACCCAACCGGAAACCCAAAGUCUGGAGGGACACAUUCCUCGUGGAGCGGGGCAAAAUCCUGCGCAAGAAAGAAGAGUCAGGAGGCAACUUAAACACACAACACUCUAACAGCUUACCCAAAUACAAGAAGUUGAAAGAGGUGUGUCAGCAGGCAGAGUAUCAGACGCCCUGCGAACAACCAGGACAGAAAUGGCACUGUGUGGAGGAGGUCAGCGGGAAGUGGCGUUUGCAGAAGUGUAAGAGCUCUCUGAAGGAAGGAUCCAAGAAGAGGGCGAGGAGUCUGCGCUCUAGAAGCUUUGACAGCCGCGAGAAAGACUGCCACUGUGGAGAACGGCCUUACAAAGUGGCUAAGGCAGCACGGCGGGCACAGAGACAGUUUGCCCAGAGCAGUAAUCCACGCUUCAGACCUCGCUUUGUUCACACACGGCCGGCCAGAUCCCUGUCAGUGGAGUUUGAGGGUGAAAUCUACGAUGUGGACCUGCAGGCUGACGACAAAACCCCCCUUGAGCCUCGACAAAUCAGCAAACGGCACCAUGAGCCCGAGGGAGGUGUCGAUUCAGACUUCGGGUUGGAGUCCGAUGACGGAUCGGAGGAGAUGCAGUCGGAUGAUACUAAUGCUGUGGGAUACCCCAAUUCUCUUAAAGUCACACACAAGUGUUUCAUAUUAAUGAAUGACACCGUGCGCUGUGAAAGAGAGAUUUACCAGUCCUCCAGAGCGUGGAAAGACCACAAGAACUUUGUGGACCAAGAAAUUGAGCUUCUCCAGGAUAAAAUGAAGAAACUGCGUGAGGUUAGAGGCCAUUUAAAGAGGAGGAGACCGGAUGAGUGUGACUGUGGAAAGAAGAGCUACUUUAGCAAAGUGAGACUUCAGAAAAACAAACCCGAAAGAUUGAAGAAUAGGAAUGACCAUCUCCAUCCCUUUAAAGAGGCCAUGCAGGAAGUGGACAGCAAGACUCAACUCUACAACGAGAUCCGCCGCAGGAAGAAAGAGAGGAAGGAGAGGAAGAGGCAAAAGAAGGGUGAUGACUGCAGUCUUCCUGGCCUCACCUGCUUCACGCAUAAUAAUGACCACUGGCAGACCGCCCCCUUCUGGAACUUGGGUGGCUUCUGUGCCUGCACAAGCUCGAACAACAACACAUACUGGUGUCUGAGAACUAUAAAUGAAACUCACAACACACUCUUCUGUGAAUUUGCCACUGGUUUCCUGGAGUACUUUGAUCUAAACAGUGACCCGUACCAGUUAACCAACGCAGUUUAUACAGUGGAGAGGGACGUUUUGAGCCAACUGCAUUUACAGCUGAUGGAAAUGAGGAGCUGUCAGGGCCACAAGCAGUGCAACCCGAGGCCAAAGGGUUUAGAUGCAGGAAGUAAAGAUGGAGGAAGCUAUGAUCAACACAGGCAACAGCAGCAUCGGAAAUGGUCAAAGUUGAGGAGGCCAAGCCUUUCAUUCCUAACACAGCCAACCUGGGACGUCCACAAAGGUUAAGCUGCCCAAUUUCACAGAGGACAUCGACUGGCAUGGACUGGCAGAUUUGUACAGCGUGAAUGAGAGUCUGUACGAACACAGACAACACUACAGUCCCGACCUGGAUGACUGGAUGAACUUUUGGAAGGAUGUAGAUAGUAUGUUUGCACUGCUGAGAAAUUUAAAGACACUCAAUCAAACCGAUAAGCUUGACCCCCUGGCUGAGCUGGGCUCCGGGGGCCCGGAGGAGGCCAGCGGUGCUGGAUUCCCAAUCCGAGAGGAACCGCCCCCAGUUCCUUUCACCGAAGGUCCCUUGAGAGGUCUGACCCCAAAAACUCUUCAUAAGAGUCAUUUAAAAUCUCUUAAUGAACUCCCAGAAGGCCGCCCAACUAACCAAAGUGUGCUUCCCAGGGGAGACACCUGGGUUCAACAGCUGGAAAACGAGUUGGAGAGUGAAAGAAUGACCUUUAGCGGCAACGGCGUCACUGAACUGGAGACCCACCAUGACUUUCUGUUGCACAGCUCUAAAAUUCUGGAUCUCCACCUGCAGGAAGAGGAGGAGGACAUUUUUCAGGCCCAGGGUUACCUUCCCCUUUCAUCCCAGCCAGCAAGACCCCCAGAGCCUGCUGGGGAAACACCCCCAGCCCACAGUGACACCCUACAGGAGAAGUGGAAUGGAAGUGUCAGACCUUUUACCCACAAGCCCAGGGAGGUUCAGGACUCGGAGGGUAGCGCCUCGGGACCAUCCCCUUUGAGAAAAGACUGCCAUGCAAUGUGAAGCCAGCCAACUCAGAGACACAAGCCCCAUGGAGCAUGGACUGCUCUUCUGUAUAAUCCAGUGAAUUAUUUUAUUUUUUACAGGUGCCAUUUAUUAGAAAUCAGUGUUAUGUUUUUUGUAAAAAAACAAAAAACAAAUAUAUAUAUAUAUAUAUAUAUAUAUAUAUAUAUAUAUAUAUAUAUAUAUAUAUAUAUAUAUAUAAAUGUAGAGGUAAAGUAUCGGAUGCAUCUUAAAUGUUGGGUUUGGUUUUAAAUCUCUAUCAUAAAACACCAUCAAAUACAUUUUUUAUUAAAAAAUAAGUUAAAAUGGUGAAACAGUCACAUUGCGUAUUUUAUGAGGUCCCUAAUUCGUAUGACCUCACUCAUACAAGUUCAUACGAUUUUUGCUAAAUCCUACGCAUUUUACGACUUGCACAAUUCGUAUGAAUUUGUACGAAUUACCUACACCUAACCCCAACCCUAAACCCAAUCACUAUACAAAUCGUACAAAAUCAUAAAAGUGAGGUACUUUCGAAUUCGCAACCUCAUAAAAUACGUGCAAAUUGGUAAUGAGAUAACGUUGAUUAACCACAUGCAGAUUGUUUCCCCAGAUAUUUGAUGCACUUUUUUCAUAUUUGUCGACUUCUGUAGUUUCUUUAGACGUAAACGACUCCAUGUUGACACCCAACACAUGUCAUUAUUUGUUGGAUUCGCUUUCGUUAAUGAAUAUCGUUGGUGUUUUCUUCAAUGUUUACUUCAGCUUGUUAGAUACGGUUCACUGUUUACUCUUUAAAAUACUGCUUGAACAUCUUUUAUACACUUGGAUUGUGGGUUCACUGGUUUGACUUGUUGGUGAAAUGGUUCUCUCACAAUGUUGUAUAGUUCAGCUGCGUUCAGUCCAUAUUAUGUAAGAAGGGCAUUCACCGUAAGUGCUUUAAUAAUGGAUGACUCUAAUAUUUUCACUAACCUACAAAAAGAAAUUACUUUAAAGUAGCUUGUUUUAUUUUGUGAACAAAAGAAGAAAUAGAGUUUUCUGACCAUUUUUGUCCUGUCUUUUAGAAUUGUGAUGUCUAAAUUAAUUUUUGAAGUAAAAAUUGUUUGAAUACGAGAUGACCUGCCAAAUUUGCAAAUAUUACACUAUAUUUUAACCAGUGGUGUUGAAACAAUUGUGGCUUCUGGAAAGCCAAGAAGCUGUUUUUAAAUAAAAAUCUGCCAAACA